CAGUUUCACAUUUAGAAUGGACGGUCUCGUAGUCACUCAUGCACAAAUCUCGUAGUCUCCCUCAACACAUUUCCAGCAGGGUCUUUGUAGUGGUGGGGGUGAUUCCAUUGGUCAGAGACCAAUAUGACAGCGGAUGUGGUCUUUGUUCGUGCUUUAGGCACAUUUUGGGUCACGGUAAACCAAAUGUUAACACCUGUAACAUUAAGUAAGUUACCGAUAUAACAAUAUGCACAUGGAAGAGAAAAUCAAGUUUGUUUGACAUGUUACGAUAGAAGGUUGGACUGGACUAAUGAACUAAACUGUGUGUGUAAGUGAACAUUGAAGAGGCUAGGUGUUAAUUAUUACUGUCAUUAAUAAACUCCUGAAUCAGCCUUUUUUCUGGCGACCAAAGGUCUUACUGACCAACCACUCUGACCAUUCUGUCCUCUCCUUCACUUGGCCUUUCUCUUAUCGGCCGUUAGAAAGUGAGUGAGCCCUCUAUUUAAAAGACACUUGUAUUAUCAUUAUCCUUUGCUCCAAGUCUUGGACUGAUAUCCUUUGGUUUGAUAUUAUUAGGCCUGUUGACGCCUUCCUUCAUUUUUGUUGAGAAAUGGAGAAUCCCUCGUCUGAGACCACACCGGAGAAGGGGACCAUUAAUAAUCUAGCUGAUAUCUUUGUCAUCAUCGGCUACUUCAUUCUGGUCAUUGGAGUGGGCGUCUGGUCUAUGUUUCGGACCAACCGUGGCACUGUGGGAGGCUACUUUUUGGCAGGACGGACUAUGACAUGGUGGCCAGUUGGAGCAUCACUGUUUGCCAGUAAUAUUGGUAGUGGUCACUUUGUGGGCCUUGCUGGUACCGGAGCGGCCAGUGGAAUUGCUGUGGGGGGAUUUGAGUGGAAUGUAAGUAUCAUUUGCCCCCUUAAAAUAAGUUAUGACAUAUUUCGAGUACAAUACUUUGUAAUAUGUGCUGAUCAGGAAAUUGAGAUUCUUCUGACAUUGGAGCCCUCUUUCUCUACCCAGGCCUUGUUUAUCGUACUCCUAUUGGGCUGGCUGUUUGUCCCCGUCUACCUCACAGCAGGGGUAAUUACAAUGCCUCAGUACCUGAAGAAGAGGUUUGGGGGAACCAGGAUCAGUCUGUACCUCUCCGUCAUUUCUCUGUUCCUCUACAUCUUCACCAAGAUCUCUGUGGACAUGUUCUCCGGGGCAGUGUUCAUACAGCAGGCUCUAGGCUGGAACAUCUAUGUGGCUGUGAUAGCCCUCCUCUCCAUCACAGCUCUGUACACAGUCACAGGGGGCCUAGCUGCUCUGAUGUACACAGACACAGUCCAGACAUUUGUCAUCAUCGCUGGCGCCUUCUGCCUCACAGGUUUCGCCUUCUUUGAGGUGGGGGGCUACAACGCUCUGCUGGAGAAGUACAGGUUAGCACUGCCCUCCAAGAACCAGUCCCUGGAGCCCCAGCGCUACAACAUCUCCCCCCAGUGCUUCACCCCCCGAGACGACGCCUUCCAGCUGCUCAGGGACCCCGUGACUGGGGACCUGCCCUGGCCGGGGGUCCUCUUUGGCAUCGCCAUCGUGGGCGGCUGGUAUUGGUGCACCGACCAGGUGAUCGUGCAGCGCUGCCUAGCGGCCCGCAGUCUGACCCAUGUGAAGGCGGGCUGCAUCAUGUGUGGAUACCUGAAACUGCUCCCCAUGUUCCUUAUGGUGUUCCCCGGAAUGAUCAGCCGCGUACUCUUCCCAGAUGAGGUGGGUUGUGUGGUGCCAGAAGUGUGUCAGCAGGUGUGUGGGACGGAGGUGGGCUGCUCCAACAUUGCCUACCCCAAACUGGUGGUCUCUGUCAUGCCAAAUGGUCUGAGGGGCCUGAUGCUGGCGGUCAUGCUGGCGGCCCUGAUGAGCUCCCUGGCUUCCAUCUUCAACAGCAGCAGUACCCUGUUCACCAUGGACAUCUGGACCCGCCUCAGACCACAGGCCAGAGAGAGCGAGCUCAUGGUCGUUGGCAGAGUGUGGGUCCUUGUCAUCGUAGCCGUCAGUAUCUGUUGGAUCCCUGUGGUCCAGGCGGCCCAGAGCGGUCAGCUGUUUGACUACAUCCAAUCAGUGACCAGCUACCUGGCCCCGCCCAUCGCCUCAGUCUUCUUCCUGGCUGUGUUUGUGAAGAGGGUCAAUGAGCAGGGGGCGUUUUGGGGCCUGAUGGGGGGCCUAGCUAUGGGGCUAUGCCGUAUGGGGCCAGAGUUUUGGUUUGGCUCAGGCAGCUGCCUGUUCCCCUCAGACUGCCCCACUCUGGUGUGUGGGGUCCAUUACCUCUACUUCGCUGUGCUCCUCUUCUUCUGCACCUCCAUCCUGGUGCUGCUUGUCAGCUACUGUUCACCAGCCAUAGAAGACAAACAUCUCCACCGUCUUGUGUUCAGCCUCCGCCACUCCAAGGAAGAGAGGGAUGACCUUGAUUGGAAGCAGGAAGUGAAGGGGAGGAUAGCACGCAGGGAGGCAGAGGAGAAAAGCAGAGACAAGUCUGAGGACAGCCCAGUGGAUGCUGAAGAACCCAAAUCUGGUAUCUGUCGUCUCCUUGGCUGGUUCUGUGGCGUCAGCGGCUCUCAGGCCCCAGAGCUCACAGAGGAGGAGGUUACUGAGGCGUCCAAAGAGCUGCCUGACAUCAGUGAGGAGCCCUUCUGGAAGCAUGUUGUUGAUGCUAAUGCCCUGGUUAUGAUGGCCGUGGCAGUCUUCCUGUGGGGUUACUAUGCAUGAGGAGGCUAGUAAAACGAUAAUGUGACCAUUGCUAAUUGCACUUUCGGUCAUUCUUACUAGAUUCUGAAUUAAACCAAAAGUGUAUGUCAUUCGAUGUACAAACAUCUAUUCAUGAAAAAUAAAGUUGUCCUGUGUAGCCCUUUUA